AUGGUUAUGUUUGCGAUCAGGUUCAGCUUGGUGGUCUUGACGCUGCUGUCGGUGGGUUCCGGGGUAUCAGCCUGCAUCACGUACGGAAUCAGCCCCAGGAACGGACAACCUCUGCCGGACUUAUUAUACGCGACAAUUGACGAUCUCCAAUCCGGUCUUGCGGCUGGAACAUUCACCAGUGUAGAUCUUGUGAAGGCAUACGUGGCGCGUAUACAUGAGGUCAACCCCGUUUUGCAUGCGGUUAUAGAGACCAAUCCCGAUGCUCUUUCGACUGCAGCAUCCCUAGACGCUGAAAGAGCGGGCGGUUCCACCAGAGGAAUGUUGCAUGGCAUCCCAAUAUGCAUCAAAGACAACAUCGCGACAUUGGAUAAGAUGAAUAACACAGCCGGUUCGUUUGCCCUUCUCGGUGCGAUCCCACCGAGCGAUUCUACGGUUGCGGCAAAGCUCAAAGCUGCGGGCGCUGUCAUCAUCGGAAAAUGCAAUCUCUCUCAGUGGGCUAAUUAUCGUUCGUCAAACUCGACGAAUGGAUGGACGUCUCGUGGCGGCCAGACCAUGGGCGCCUACUAUCCGAUGCAGGACCCGUCUGGUUCUAGCAGUGGUCCUGGGGUCGUCUCAUCCAUUGGCUUGGCUGCUGCUGCUGUGGGAACGGAGACAUCCGGCUCUAUCAUCUCUCCUGCGAGCAGAAAUAGUUUAGCUGGGAUUAAGCCUUCUGUCGGAUUGACCAGCAGAUAUCUCGUUGUUCCGAUCUCGCAGACCCAGGAUACUAUUGGUCCCUUGACGCGCACGAUGAUGGAUGCAGCAUACAUCCUCUCCGCGAUCGCAGGCCAGGAUUCUCACGACAACUAUACAUCUGCUAUCCCAUUCGAAACUGUUCCCGAUUAUGCAGCUGAGUGCAAUAGCAAAGGUCUGAAAAGCGCCAAGAUUGGCAUCCCACGCAAUGCUAUGACGGUGUCUGCAACCAAUGGCCCAGAAAUUACAGCGUUUAACGCGUCUAUCAAAAUUUUCGAAGAACUUGGUGCUACGAUAGUGGAUAAUGCUAAUUUCCCGGACCUCGCUGGAUACCAGAACUUUACUGGGGCAAGUUACACUUCGGCCCCAGUCGUCGGUGCUGAUUUUGUCGCUGAUAUUGCAAACUACUUCAACGAAAUGACGACCAACCCCAACGGCAUUACAAACCUCCACCAGCUCAUCAACUACACAGAGACUUAUGUUCCAGAGGACUAUCCUGACCGUGACGUUGCAAGGUGGAUUGGUGCUGCAAGCCUCAAUAUCACUAUGGGGGAUGCCAGUUAUUAUACUGCGUUACUUCAACAAUAUUAUUAUGGAUCCAACGCCACGAUCCUCGGCGCUUUGGAAAAAUAUGACCUUGAUGCUCUGAUCAUUCCGAGCUCAAUGUCACCGGGUUAUGCAGCUAUUGCCGGGUAUCCCAUCGUCACAGUCCCGCUUGGCUACUACCCCGCCACCACGAACGUAACCUACAACGCACGCGGCACAUUGGUGUCUCUGGGGCCGAACUUCCCCUUUGGUCUGUCGUUCUUUGGCAGGCGGUUCAGCGAGGCCACACUGGUCAAGUACGCUUGUGCUUUCGAAGCUGCUACCAACUACCGCCAAUUGCGGAACCCCUACAUUAUCCCCAACAUUCAGCUCGUCGAUGUAAUGUAA